UAGUAGGCUACACACAUAUAUAUUAACAUGUGAGGAUAAUGUUGCACGGCGAGAGUGACCUUGGUCAGAAUUAUGUAGCCUACUGUAUGUUCAAAAUCGCGUGGGCAAAGCCAAGCGUUCAAUAGUUGGUUGAGAAAGUGUGGGCGCCCAGAGGGACAGCGCGGCUCUGUAGCUCAGUGCAACCAGUGCUGGCGGGGCUCAGACAUUCAGUUGCGGUCGAUUCUGUCAAUAUCUGUUCUAUCUGCUCUAUUUCACCUCUGACAAUCGCUGACGGAUCGAUAGGUCUGAACAGGAGUUUGUCGCGAGCUUGAUUUCCCCUCUUCGAGUUCAACCAUAUGAAUUACUCCCGACGCGUCGCCAUUUGGUUACUCGCGUUAUCUGUACACAUUAUACAGGCAUGUGCGUAUUGCGGUAGAUUGGAGAUGAUAUCCGUUUGGCUCCUGUUUUUAAAGCUGCUGAGAGCAACAGCUGGUGUGCGAAGGGCAUAUGGAAUUGAACUAAAUGACGGCAAAAGCACCUCUGUAAAUCAGCAACAAAAAGAGCAGGAAUACCUCUCUGAAACAGUCACCAUGGAGACCAGCCAGCUUUCAGAAAUGGCUGAUCUAACAGACUGUAAAAUGGAUCCUGGGUUUACAGAGGACCAGACAUGCCAAUUCACUGAGGAGGUGAAUGAAUGUUUUGUCACAUAUUUCUCAGAGUGCCUGGAUACCAAACCGAGCAACCUACAAGAAGACCUGGAAGGGCAAGAAAACAAAGCCAUAACUAAUGAAUGUGAUAGCUCAGGUGAAUCUGAUGGAAGCAAAGACUCGCAAGAAUGCUUUAUGGUCAAGGUCAACGAGCAAGAUGACCCAGACAGCAGAGAAUCUUUGGCCUUUGAGUCUAAUGAAGACCCUCUUGUGAAUGACAAACCAGAAGAAGAAAUGGAAAUCAACAAUUUGGAUGAUGCCCAGGAGGAAGAACAUGAUGAACCUGAAGAGAGGGUGGAAGCACAAGACAAUUCUGUUCUGGAAGCACAAGAAGAAUCUGUGCGGGAAGAAGAAUCUGUGCGGGAAGCACAAGAAGAAUCUGUGCUGGAAGCACGAGAAGAAUCUGUGCGGGAAGCACAAGAAGAAUCUGUGCUGGAAGAACGAGAAGAAUCUGUGUUGAAAACACAAGAAGAAACUGAGCUGGAAGAACGAGAAGAAUUUGUGCUGGAAAUACAAGAAGAAUCUGUGCUGGUAGAACGAGAAGAAUCUGCGCUGGAAAUACAAGAAGAAUCUGUGCUGGAAGAACGAGAUGAAUCUGUGUUGGAAGCACAAGAAAAAUCUGUGCUGGUGCAGCAAAUGAAUGAGCUGGUGAUUUCUGAAGUCCCAGCUGAAUCUUGUCCGGAUAUGGAUCGAGAUGACCUAAGUGACUGUCUACUUGUGGAGAUGGCCAUCAUUUCAUCAGACAGUGAUGCUGAGGAGCCGUGGAGGUCUUUAGCUCCAUCAGCUGUUGAUAAAGAAGAGAUUGAAGAGAACGGUGAUCUCUUGGGUAUGGAUAAAGCAGAGGUAAACUCAGAAGACCAAGCAAGGCAGGAAGACAAUGAGGUGGUUGAUAGCAAUACUGAACUUGAAGAUGAAGCUCUGGCAUUGAACAUUAAUGAAAGUGAGAUUCUAGAACAACCAGAGUGUCCCACUGAAUGUGAGCUGCAAGAUAUUCCUUUGGACUCCUCGGCCCAUUACUGUAGUUUAACAAAGAUUGCAGAGGAUGAGGAAGAGCUUGGUAAAACCUCAAAGCACAACCUUCAGCGCCUGUCUUGUUCAACUUCAGAGCUUGACAAAAAGUUGCCAAAAGACUUCUGCGUGGUUCAGGAAAUAAAGAGCGAGAACGUCAGUACAGAGCAUCUGGAUUUCAGGGUGGCUCGCAAGCAGUGGCAGAAGAUGGAAGAGCAAACAAAGGGUCUGGUGCACCGGCCAGUAAUGAGGCAGGCAUCUUGCCAGGGUGGACACAGCUUCAUGUACACGCCUGUCCGCAACAUUGAUCGCCCCAAAAGAGACCCUGACAUUGAGAGUCUUGGUCUGGGGGAUUACCAGUACACUCAAUUCAGCCCCUGUUCGGAGGACUCUGGUCUAGAUGACACAAGCUACAGGUCUCCUUACGAUGAGCCAGAAACUCCAGUGGAGAGGGAGAUCCGUGAAGCUCUCGAGCGAGAGGAGAAUUUCAGACGAGAGAGGGCAAUAGCAAAGAUGUCUGCUGGUGACACUAUGCAAGUUAAACCCAGCCCUGGUGUUCUUCACCACAGCAGGUCAGAGCCUGGAGAGAAAGGGCGGAUGUUUGACACUCCAGAGGACAGAUGCAAAUCUCAGAGGUCUCCUAGUGCAAGAACUCCAACUUUGUCCGUCACCGCUUCAUCUGGAAGAAGUCCCACAUACCAUGAAAUGACAGCCAACAAUGUCAUCAUACUUGAGCCGGAUUCAUACCCCACCAGCCCACGGAGCCGAGGAAAAGGUGGGAUGCUUUCUCCAGGGACGAGCAGCUUCCAAGAAUGGCCAUCAGACAUGAAUAAUGUCAUUAUCCUGGAGACAUCAAAUCUCAUCAUUCGAAGUGCCUCGGAAUUCUGCCUGAGCUCUGCAUGUCAAGAGACACAAGAGAGCACCUUUCAGAACAAUCCCUUCUUCAAACUGCGCUCACACAGCACCCAGUCUCUGGUGGAUCAGGAGAUCAAGCUGGUGAGGCAAAGAGAAGAGGAGCUUAGAAGGCAGAGAGCACAACUAUAUGUAAAGGAGAGAUACGACACAGUCCUCGUGUCCCCCAGCCAAUUGCAGAAUUUCACUUAUGAGAAACCAGGAGAAGUGCCAGCAAAAUCCAAGUCAUCCCCCUCAUCUCCAUCAAAGACGCGCAAAAUGGAUCGCGCCGCUUUGUCCUGCGACCACAAGUUUUACAGGUGAAGCUUUCUCCUUUAGUUCCCUGAGGCACCUUACCCUCGAGUCAGACGGAAAAGUGCCCUGGCACAGAGGUGGGAAGCAGGUAUCUUUGCCAAUCAUCAGCAACAAGACUGAGUGAUUUGCCUAAAUGAAGCAUCGAAGCACAAAUCAAGUUUCCAUUGCAGUAUAAGCAUGUGCAAAUAGUUUUAGAGUAAAACAUUCAUUACUAAUACAAACCUAGAACUUAAUAGGUGAAUAAAAAUAUUAAAAACUGAUGUCAUACCUUUUAAAAAAUUUUGAAUGCUAGUAUUUUCACUCUGAAUUUUAUCCUGGAUACACUUUUAUAUUAUUUCAGAUGAAGAAUUUAUAACAUACUGUAUGCCUAAAUUGCACUAUGUACAAAAAUGAUGCCAAACAUUGAAAAAUUUAUUAUUCUAAUUUCACAUUACAUAACAUGUUAUAUUAACCAUACAGUGAAGCAAAUAAAAAUACAUUCAUCUUUGAUUUAAUCUGAUCAAAAGUGCAAUUUAAGACAAGAGAAGGCCGCUGCUUGGAAUGUCUAACAGAGUAUAUUGUGGAUGUAGCUUCCAGAGGUGUUACAAGAAAAGUAGCCGGCUUCUGUACAAUAAUUACAUUGUGAGCCUUUUAAAUGUUUUAUGCUUUGAUUGUCUGGAUAUAAUGUGGACAUUUAUUCUUCUGUGAAAAUAAUUUAAAAGAUGUGUGAAUUUUACUUCAUAAUAUUCAUGUUUAAAUGUCUUAAUAGAUAUGUUUCUUCCUUGCAGGAUGUUUUCAAUGCAAAAUACUGUUCAAACCUUGAAUAAAAUGAAACUGAUGAUGACUUGUCUUGCUCUAUAAAUAAUUAGGUCUUCAUUCCAAUUUCUGUAGUGCCGUAUG